AUGGAAAAUCAAAUAUAUAUUGAUUGUGAAGAUAAUGAUGAGGAUGAUGAAGAUGAAAGUGCACUUGAAUUUAUAAAUGAAAAUGAAAGUGAUAAAAGUGAUUAUUCAAAUAAUGAUGAAACUCAAUCAAUUGUUAUGGAUAUGUCUAUUUAUAUGGAACACAGUUAUUGUUGUCGAUCAAAAUCGUGUUCAUCGAAUAAUUACAAUACUGCAACGAAAAAUGUAACAUCAUCACCAUUACAUUCACCAUAUGCAUCAAGUUCAUUCGAUAAUUCACUGUCACCAAUUGUUCCAAAUACAAAUGUACAAAACCUGAAUAAAACAAGAACAUCUACACGAUCAACCAAACGAAAACCAGUAAAAACGGAUUUUAAUAUAAAUUCACCUUCACAAAGUACACCAAGUCAGAUUAUUCCACGUAAAAAAAAUCGUGAUAUACCAGUAUUCUGA